CACGUGGCCACGGUCUCACGUUGCGUGCGCGUCCUCGUCUGCGCGCUCCCCACCGUCCAUUGUGUUUUUAACAACAAGCAGACCACCGUGGCCCUACGGGUAACCUAACCGGACAUCUGAGAGACAACGAGGGACCGCUGAACCAUGGCGGACGAGCAGGAAAUCAUGUGCAAGCUGGAAAACAUCUUGGAAAUACGGAACAAGACUGUCCAGAUGCAGAAGAUCAAGUCUCGACUCAAGAUCGAGUUCGAGGCUCUGGAGUCCGAGGAGAAGCACCUGAAAGAUUACAAGCAAGAGAUGGAUCUGCUGCUACAAGAGAAAAUGGCACACGUGGAGGAGCUGCGGCUCAUCCACGCAGAUAUAAAUGUGAUGGAGAGCACCAUCAAGCAGUCAGAGAAUGACCUGAAUAAGCUGCUAGAAACAACUCGGCGCCUGCAUGAUGAGUACAAACCUCUGAAGGAGCACGUUGAUGCCCUCAGGAUGACGUUAGGCCUACACAGACUCCCUAACCUGAACGAAGAAGAGGAGAAGCUCUCCCUGGAUUACUUUGAGAAGCAGAAAGCAGAGUGGCAGAAGGAGCCGCAUGAGCCAGCCAUCCCAGAAUCCCUUGCUGCCGCUGCAGCAGCAGCACAGCAGCUUCAGGUUUCCAGGAAGCAAGAUGCACGCCAGACGGCCACCUUCAGACAGCAACCCCCACCUAUGAAGGCUUGCCUGUCCUGCCACCAGCAGAUUCAUCGUAAUGCUCCCAUCUGCCCAUUGUGCAAGGCCAAGAGCCGCUCCCGCAACCCAAAGAAGCCCAAGAGGAAGCCUGAUGAGUAGAACCUGCUUUUCCUUCAGCUUCAGUAGGGUUUAAAGGGACCUGGUCCAAUACACUGAUCUGAGAUCAGCCAUGUACAUCAAUGUAUGGCCGAAAUAACAGAUCUAUGCUUCAGGACAAUUUCCCCAGUCCCCACUUUAACAAAUUGUCUUAGUACCUUUUUCAUAAACUGUCAACUGAAAUUGAUACAGAAUCUGGUAAUGUCAUUAUGUCGUUUGUUUUUAUCAGUGCUUUGGAUGUUUAUAUGUAAUUGUAUGACUUUGAUAGUAGGAUUAUUAGCCCCUAACCAUGUUUAUGCAAUAAUGCAAAAAGGAACUUGAUAAAAUGUCUAAAUAAUUUUGCCCAUGUUGCUACGUUUUAUUUUGCCUUAGAUAUUGUACUGUACUUUCAAAUUUGUUGCAAUGCAUGCUUGCUUCCAUGGCUGUCUGUCGUGUAUUUUUUGUGCCAAUAUAGAAAUUGAAUAGUUUUAUUGAAGUUAAAUAAAACACAAUGUUGUUUUAAUGUUUACAGUGUUCAUGUGACCACAGAAGGGAGAAAAAAAAAGGCCAGACUCGUUUUCUCUGAAUAGUGUUGUGUGUUUAACUUUAAUACGGUGAUAAAAUAAAUGGCUGUUUUGUACUAAC